GUGAAGUACGUGGUACCGCUCAUGUUGUAAUGCUGUUCGCGGAUGUCUUAGUUUAUUUUUUCACACUAUUCAUUGGUGUUUCUGCUAACGACACAAAAUCUUGUGCUGUUGCGGGAUUCACUUCGUUACUCAAAUGCUCUUCAUGUUCAGAGUUAAAGAAGUUCAAAUUAGAAAAGAUUGAAACAUCUUGUUUUCAGUGUUGUGAAGAUGAAGAUGUAUCUGGAAUUUCUAAGAAAUAUGCUUUCGCAGAACUAGUAACGUGCUCCUGAUCUUUAGAACGCUAUCCUCAAGUACUUGGUAAGUUUUUAUUCACAGGAGAUAGGAAUCGUUAAGACUCGGUGAUGUUAAAGUCCGCUAAUUACUCACCAUGGAGUAUAUGGUAGUUGUUAGUUGGUCCAAAUUUUCGAUAUUCACAAGUCUGUACUAUGUCUGAAUUAUUAUCGUAAGCAUAUAUGUUUUCUAAAAUCAAACCUACACUGCACUGUGCCUAUUUUAAUCGAAUAUCUCAAAUUCACCUAAAGCAAAGAAAAUUAUGGUCGAGAGGAGAUUCAUUCAGUGAGAAUAGUAUUAAGGUUCUGAUUAUGUAAAAAUAUUCGCUUAUCUGAUUAGCCGUAACCGUCUUUGAUACAGCCUUUCAUGGAGGUACGCUGCACGACAUAAGUAUCUACAUGGUUUCUACGUCUUUAGGAAAUAUCUCCAUUUGGUAUGGAUAUUUUAUCACAUUCAAAAUGUGAGUCUUUUGUGUAUAUAUCGUGUCUUAAUCGUACAAAUAACACAAAGGCUUGUCCCAAAUCAUGAUUAGGUAGGAUGUGGGGUUUCUCUGCUAUAUUUCGUUUCUCAAGCUAUUUUAUUUGUCAAUCUUGCGUUACUUCUCUCGUUUUGUAAAUACUAACCUAACUUGAAUACAUCUAUGUGUUCAGCUCACUUUGGUCGUGAAUCUCUUCAUUGUGUAUGAAGCGUUAUGUUCUGCGUCCUAAAAGUUUAAGACGAAAAAUGGCAAUACUGUAAGACUCAGAUCUACUACAACAAACGUUUUUCUCAAACCAUGAAGUUAUUUUGGUAAAACUAACCGCUUAUUGGGUUGUUUGAGGGAAUCUAACCAUCUUUGCAAUUAUAACCAUUUAGUGAUCUUUUUAGCUAUAAUUAACUCCAAAUUAAUUAGGGAUAAAUCAUCCUAACGUCCAAACCACAAGUAAACCUAUCGUUUGUUUUGGGAAAUCCAUUUUUUAGCAUUCAUUGACAGCAAGGAUCGGAAGAGUAUGACUAAUCUGAAAGUGGUAUACGAGAGAGGUCAUAGACCUACAAUCCGCAUGCUCAAUGAGAAACGACAAGUGCAAGAAGAGAUUCCUAUCGACACUUGGGAUAGCGAUACAAUAUUAGAGUUUGUUAAUGAACGCAUCAUUAAGCAAUAAGGUUGUCAACAGUUUUUCAUAUGCACUCGUGACUUGUAUGAUGAUGCAUGAACUAAAUCUCAUAUGUGAGGUGUUCUGUAUUUGAUGUUUAGUCCAGAGUGCUAUUGAUUAGUCUGUAAUUGUUUAUACUGUUUCUUCACCUUCUUGUAAACCAUUUCUAUUGUUUGUAUUCAAACUUGGUGCAACAAAUAACUUUUGUGUCAUGUGCUUGUAUAAAGUAAUAUUAAUUUUCAAAAGUGCAAUGUAUUUCGUAAUCUUUUGUUUUUCUUCGGAUCAACACCAUCGAUUAUUUUAAGACUUGUUCUAAUAAACAAAUGUCUAUGUACUUGCUAAUGAUUUGGGACAUACAAGUACUGUUAUA